AUGGACGCCAAAUCAGCGCAUGUGAAAGCGGAUCCUACUCUGUCAUUGACGGAACACCCUUCUAGUGCAAUCCCUAUUGCAACACCCGAUCGGCAUCAAGGAUGGCACACUGAGUUUCGUGAAGUUUCUUCAACCCAUCAUCAAACUAGACCAGCCACAGAUUAUGUGGUCCGAACUAGUUUUAUUCGGGAAGGAUCCCCGGCGAAAUCUUCCGAAGGGAAUCGAGUCAACCUGGUGCUACGUUUUCGGAGCUUGCUUUCUCGACGUUCGCAGCCGCAUCACACGCAUGCCGGACAUCAUCAACGAGCAAGCAAAAUUGCUCCCCUCAAUCGACGCUCGUGUCGGGACAAGUUGCGUGGCAAACGACCGUGCGGGCCCGGCAAUCAGGUACCCUACAAUCCACCACCCGCUCCGCUAACACCGACUGUCAUCAGUGUGGACACAUGUCAGGACUAUGAAUCCGAUGCGAGUUUGAAACGCGCAAACUCAGACAGUUGCCUAAGCCGUCCACAUAUCCAUUCGCAUGCCAUCUAUCUACGCGUCCCAAAUUCCCACAUCAAAUCAAGUGACAGUCCAGCAAGUGUAGCAUCUCACCUAUCCGAUUCACCAAUCGCUAUCAACGGUUCCUCAGCUCACAAGUCCAGAACGGGAUCAUCUUCCAGGUUUGUACCACCGGUAGGUUCACAAUCAGACACAGAAGAUUCAUCAUUCAAAACACCCGAACAGAAUAGGCGUUCUGCUCAUGUGAGAAGACGUUCGUCCCUGUCGACGGGAAAUAUCUGUUGCCUGUAUGCACUACGUUGUUUGCCGUCCAUAGAAUAUUUGAAUACACCUGCCUCACCUGCUACCGUACGUCGACGUAGUUUGCCUGCCUCAUCAAUCAAGCCCUAUCCACAUUAUGACCGUGAUCGAGGCACCGGAAUUGUGCAAACUGCUGACACACCGUUUGCUCUGGCUGCAAUGCGUCAUCAUCCGUGCUAUCAGGAUGUGGCCUGUAAUCUGAGAAAUUGGAUUAAAGAAACGCUGGACAUGCACAGUUCGAAAGAAUCCAUCUUGAAUGACAAUACGGAGAACACAACAGCUGCAGUGAUGAGUAGUAUUCACAGUUCGACCGAAUGGACUAGACAUGUGCGUUUCGCGGACGAAGCUACUGCGUCCUCAUCAGCCACAACGCUGAAUUCCCUCUCAGCCUCCUCUUCAGCCCGGUCACUUUCUUCCUUGGUUCUCACGCCAAAUACACGUUCUCCUUUUGGUUCAAUUACCAGUUUAGAACGAAGUUCAAACUCUUCAGACAAGCAGCACUCUCUGACCGGUUUGUCCUCAAAACUGUCAAAUCUUCGUCCAAUACCUCGGAGAUUGUUGAACAAGUUCUCCCAGUUGAGCACCUCUCGUCCAACGCCUACAAGCAACAAGAAUGCCACUCUGUCUCUACCUCGGACACCCGGAGCUGCUACCGGCAAACUUGGGAAGUCGGAUCACGGAGAGAAAGGCAAGUCGUUAGCACGCAGUAUUUGGCGCCGGCGUAGCAAACGACAUCGUGAGCGCAAGACAACUCCACUUGUCACGGUUAAUGUGAUUCAUAACUACUCCGAACCACCCGAGGUCCCGAAACAUGUGCUCAAGGAACUGGAACCGACCGAAGAACAAUCCUUCUGGCAACCGAUGUUUACAAACCCCGAAGAAUUGCCUCAGUUCAAUCAAAAUCUGUACAAACAACGUUUGCAUUUGGCUCGUCUCUGGUCGUUCACUUUGUCCGCCAUCAAUGUUGAGGUCCAUGUGGUUGUCUCACCGUGUUUCGGUGAUGAUUCUUCCCCGCAAAUUCGUCUACGCUACACUCUCAAUAACUGGGAGACCUAUGCCGAAUCGUGUGAAUUAACCAAGAGGCAUUCAGAGAGACGAACACUAUCGCCGUGUGAGACUUUCUGGAUAGAAGUGCAUUCCGGCCGGAUCCAGUUGCUCCCGGACAAUACGAACGAUGCACAGCCGAAACCUGAGCGACUCGAAUUCGCAGUUGUUUCUCGACGCGGAGGAUCUGAGUGGUGGGAUAACAAUCAUUCGCAGAACUACGCAUGUUAUCAGCAACAAACGGGUGCAAUUUAG